GGAGAGAAGCUUCUGCUGAAGCUGGAGGUUAAUACCUUUGUGGUGACUCCUACUGAUGAGGAAAGGGGCCACGGUGAACCAGAACCUGAAAGUGACCACCAGCUGCCGUUGAACAACUUUUAUGCAGCUGAGAGCCAAGAUCAGAAAGGAUACAAGCAUGAAGACUCUACUAGAGAUGUUGAGUCAGAACAAAACAAUCAACAAUAUGAAAACAAAAGUCACAGUAACAUUGUCUACAACCCUAACUUGUCCGGGGCUGACAGUAAUAUUCACAAACAGUCUUUCAAAUGUAACACUUGUGGAAAGGAUUUUAAGUAUAAGUUAUGUUUUCUGAGACACAUGAGAAUACACACAGGUGAGAAGCCGUACCCUUGCAGAACCUUGGGCAAAAGAUUUUGUAGAGAUGGCUCACUGAAAAUACAUCAAAGAGUUCACACAGGUGAGAAGCCGUAUCACAAACAGUCUUUUAAAUGUAACACUUGUAGAAAGGAUUUUAAGUAUAAGUCACGUCUUCUGAGACACAUGAGAAUACACACAGGUGAGAAGCCGUACCUUUGCAACACCUGUGGGAAAACAUUUUGCAACAAUGCCAAAGUAAAACGGCAUCAAAUAAUUCACACAGGUGAGAAGCUGUAUGUUUGCAACACCUGUGGGAAAAGAUUUAGUAGAAAUGACUCAUUGAAAAUGCAUCAGAGAAUUCACACAGGUGAGAAGCCGUACCUUUGCAACACCUGUGGGAAAAGAUUUUUUAGCAAUGCCAAAGUAAAACAGCAUCAAAUGAUUCACACAGGUGAGAAGCCGUAUGUUUGUGCAACAUGUGGGAAAGCUUUCAGACAGAGAUAUCAGUUGACAGUACACAGAUGCAUCCACACAGGUGAGUAGCUGUACACCACCUCAUGUGUGAGAAAACAUAUUGCCACACAUCUGACUUGAAAAGGCACAUGAAAAUACAUACAGGUCAGUAGCCGUUAACUUGCAAAUCAUGGCAUCUUUCACACAUAGUGGUUAUUUUACAGUCCACGAGAAGAGCCAGCACUGCUGAGAGACCUUUGCAAUGUUUGGCAAAACCUCUAAGACGCAGACAAGAAGCUUUGUAUUUUCAAACAUGUGGGAGAGUAUUCAUUUCCAGUGGUUCGUGGUCACAACAGAAGAACUCACUGACUGACUGUUUUGUAUGACUGUAUGAGAAGUCCUGUUGUAUAUAAAUGUGUCUUAUUCUUGCUGUUUUAUACUGUACACUACUUCACUGAGUCUGAUUUAUAACUGAAUUAGCAAAACUGAAUUAUCAGAAUUUGUGAAAUGUUGUUUUAUACAUAAUAUGUAU